CGGGAAGCUACAAUGAGAGGAAGUGGCAGGACGAAGGGUACUACAAAUAAAUGCUAUAGGCUGAUACUGCUGUGCUGAACUUCCCAAGCCUCUUCAAACCCUUCACUCUGGUGCGGGCUUCCUUGGACCCAGUCUGGCUCUCUGCUGUGGGCGACCAGGCUGACUUACCCCAACACCUGGGGCCGGCACUGGAGUACUUGGAGCAUUUGGUCCCUGCGGCGCUGGAUGCCAUGAGUUGCUAAAAGUGAGCCUGGCUUUUCAGCUGUCUUGGGGGCACAGUGUCGGGGGCACAGAGCCAUGUCUGACCUGCUUCUCCUAGGCCUGAUUGUGGGCCUGACUCUGCUGCUGCUGCUGACACUGCUGGCCUUUGCUGGGUACUCAGGGCUGCUGUCUGGGGUGGUGGUGAGUGCCGGCUCACCCCCCAUCUGCAAUGUCACUGUGGCCUACAAGUUCCACGUGGGGCCCUACAGCGAGACUGGGAGGCUUUUCACCGAGAGCUGCAGUGUCUCCCCCAAGCUCCGCUCCAUCGCUGUCUACUACGACAACCCCCACAUGGUACCCCCUGAGAAGUGCCGCUGUGCAGUAGGCAGCAUUCUGAGUGAAGGUGAGGAGUCACCCUCCUCUGAGCUCAUCCAGCUCUACCAGAAAUUUGGCUUCAAGGUGUUCUCCUUCCCGGCACCCAGCCAUGUGGUGACGGCCACCUUCCCCUAUACCUCCACCCUGUCCAUCUGGCUGGCUACCCGCCGUGUCCAUCCUGCCCUGGAUGCCUACAUCAAGGGGCGGAAGCUGUGUGCCCACCCUCGGCUAGAGAUCUACCAGCAAGACCAGAUCUAUUUCAUGUGCCCGCUGGCACGGCAGGGAGACUUCUACGUGCCUGAGGUGAAGGAGACAGAGCGGAAAAGCCGAGGGCCCACAGAGGCCACUGACGCCCAGAUGGAUGGCACAGGAGCUGAUACGAUGAGUGACACGAGUUCUGUAAGCCUGGAGGUUGGUCCUGGCAGCCGGGAGACUUCAGCUGCCACACUGUCCCCUGGGGUGAACAGCCGUGGCUGGGACGAUGGUGACACCCGCAGUGAGCACAGCUAUAGCGAGUCGGGCGCCAGUGGCUCAUCUUUUGAGGAGCUGGACCUGGAAGGCGAGGGACCCCUGGGAGAGCCAAGGCUGAGCCCUGAGGCUGAACUCCUAGGGGCUGCCAAGUGGCCCCGGGAACCUAGUACCCCCGAGAAGGGUGAGGAGUAACCCUAGGCUCAUACUCUCCUGGGGUGCAAUCGCUGAGGAACUGAGCAGACUCUCCAGCCCUCUUCCUCCUUCACCUCUCAGGCCCAGGGUGGGGCCUGGGGCCUCAGGGGGACCUGAUUUCCACUGCCCUGGGCUCUAGCUAAGCCUUCUUACCACACUUUUGGCUCCCAGGGCCAAAGGAGCCAGGGACUGUAAUCUGCACCCAGACCCUGGGACUACUGCCCCUCUGACAUCUUUUUUCAGAUUCACGUUGGAGCUUCCAGAACCAGAAUAAAGCGUAUAAUUUUCUUGUUUCACCUGGA